ACCUAUGAGCUUCUAAACUACGCCAUGGGCCUCCGGGGUCUGCUGUGCCUGUCCCUGGCCUCCCUCCUGGCCCUACAGGCCGUGUUUACUUGGGGCUUACCCCGACACCAGCCCAAAGGCAACAAGAAGCGACAGACCGUGGACACGGCUGUGGAUGGUGUGAUCAUCCGAAGUUUGAAAGUCAACUGCAAAGUCACCUCUCGCUUUGCCCACUAUGUCAUCACCAGCCAAGUGGUCAACAAUGCCGAUGAGGCCAAGGAAGUGGCCUUCGAUGUGGAGAUCCCCAAGACGGCCUUCAUCAGCGACUUUGCCAUCACGGCAGAUGGAACCUCAUUUGUGGGGAACAUAAAGGACAAAACACUUGCGUGGAAGCAAUACCGGAAGGCAGCCGUCUCAGGAGAGAAUUCUGGCCUUGUCAGGACUUCUGGGAGAACCAUGGAGCAAUUCACCAUCCACGUCACCGUGGGGCCCCGCAGCAAGGUCACGUUCCACCUAACCUACGAGGAGCUGCUGAAGCGGAACCUCAUGCAGUACGACAUCGUCAUCAGAGUCAAGCCCCGGCAGCUGGUGCAUCACUUUGAGAUUGACGUGGACAUCUUUGAGCCCCAAGGGAUCCGCAAGCUGGACGCCCAGGCCCCCUUCCUCCCCAAGGAACUGGCCGACCAACUCAUCAAGAAGUCCUUCUCAGGGAAAAAGGGCCAUGUGUUUUUCCGCCCCACCGUGAGCCAGCAGCAGUCCUGCCCCACCUGCUCCACCUCCCUGAUGAACGGAGACUUCCGGGUGACCUACGAUGUCCUCCGAGACAAGACUUGCGACCUCCUGGUCGCCAAUAACUACUUUGCCCACUUCUUUGCUCCCCAAAACCUGACAAACCUGAACAAGAACUUGGUUUUUGUGAUUGAUAUCAGCACCUCCAUGGAAGGCCAGAAAGUGAAGCAGACCAAGGAGGCGCUCCUGAAAAUCCUGGAGGACAUGCGUCCAGACGACUACUUCGACCUGGUCCUCUUCGGCACGAAUGUGCAAGUGUGGCGCGGCUCGCUGGUGCGGGCCUCCGAGGCCAACCUGCAGCAGGCCCGGAACUUCGUGCGGCGCUUCUCCCUGGCUGGGGCCACAAACCUGAACGGGGGUUUGCUCCAGGGAAUCAACAUCUUGAACCGGGCGCAGGGCAGCCUCCCGGAACUGCGCAACCAUGCGCCCAUUCUCAUCAUGCUGACUGACGGGGAGCCCACCGAGGGGGUCACGGACCGUUCCCAGAUCCUGCAGAACGUCCGCAGUGCCAUAAGGGGAAGGUUUCCACUCUACAACUUGGGCUUCGGCCAGAACGUUGACUUCAACUUCUUGGAUGUCAUGUCCAUGGAGAACAAUGGACGGGCCAAGAGAAUCUUUGAGGACCACGAUGCCACACAGCAGCUGCAGGGUUUCUACAACCAAGUCGCCAACCCCCUGCUGAUGGACGUGGAGCUGCAGUACCCGCAGGAUGCCAUCUCCGCACUGACCCAGCACCGUCAUAAGCAGUAUUACGAGGGCUCAGAGAUCGUGGUGGCUGGCCGCAUCGCUGACCACAAGCUUGGCAGCUUCAAGGCGGAUGUGCUGGCCCGGGGGGAAGGCCAAGAAUUCAAGACCACGUGCCUUGUGGACGAGGAGGAGAUGAAGAAACUGCUGCGAGAACGUGGCCACAUGUUGGAGAACCAUGUUGAGCGCCUCUGGGCCUAUCUCACCAUCCAGGAGCUGCUGGCCAAGUGGAAGAUGUUAGAAGGGGAGGAGAAGGCCAACCUCUCUGCCAAGAUCCUGCAGAUGUCAUUGAAAUACCAGUUUGUGACCCCGCUGACGUCCAUGACCAUCCGUGGCAUGACUGACAAGGACAGCCUAGAGCCCGUGAUUGACAAGCCUGGAGAAGAUGACCUGCCCUUGGAGUUGCAGGGACCCCGCAAGACCUUCGUGCUGUCCUCAUCCGCCUCACAGCCUGCCCAGAGCAGCUCCAGCUUCAAUCACCAGCAGCUGCCGAACCGAGUGACCGGAGUGGACACUGACCCCCAUUUCAUCAUCCAUGUGCCCCAGAAAGAGGACCCCCUGUGCUUCAACAUCAAUGAGGAGCCGGGGGUGAUCCUGAACCUGGUGCAGGACCUCGACACAGGCUUCUCAGUGAACGGGCAGCUCAUUGGCCAGACGGCCCAGCAUGAAGGCACCUACUUUGGGCGAUUGGGCAUCUCGAACCCAGCCACGGGCUUUCAGUUGGAAGUGACGCCCCAGAAUAUCACUCUGAACCCCGGCUCUGGGGGGCCUGUGUUCUUCUGGAAGGACCAGGCUUCUCUGCGGCAGGACGGGGUGGUGGUGACUAUCAACAGGAAGCGGAACCUGCUGGUGUCUGUGGAGGACAGGGGCACCUUCGAGGUGGUGCUGCACCGCGUGUGGAAGCCGAGCGCCGCCCACCGGGACUUCCUGGGCUUCUACGUGCUGGAGAGUCACAGGAUGUCGGCGCGGACGCACGGGCUGCUGGGACAGUUCUUCCAGCCCCUGGAUUAUCAAGUGUCUGAUCCCCAUCCAGGCUCUGACCCCACCAAGAUAGAUGCCACCAUGGAGGUGAAGAACCACCGGCUGACUGUCACCAGGGGUUUGCAAAAAGACUUCAGCCGGGACCCCCGCCAUGGGGUCCCAGUGACCUGCUGGUUUGUCCACAACAAUGGGGCAGGGCUGAUUGAUGGUGUCUACACAGACUACAUCGUCCCUGACAUCUUCUGAGGCCCCUGGCCAGUAUCCUCCUCCCUUGGGGCCACCGAAGAGCGGAAGGGUGGCCUCCUGUACCCUGUCCAAGCCAGCCCCUGUGUAUUGACUUCCA